AUGGCUAUAAGAAAUGGUUUUGACAAUGAAUUCAAUACGUGUUACGUGACCUUCCCGAGGAAAUGCUCAACAACUAUCGUCGACUACUUGCGUGCCCUGACCUCUGAUUGUGCCGACCCCAAGAUAACGAUCGCCCUCGAUUUGCUGCAUAUAAGGAAACGGAAUCGUCAGUUCAACCACUCUUUCUUCGACUUUCGUGGCUCUACUCUUGUUCAACACUCUCUCGCUCUACUGGACAUUCAACUGCUGGAAGCUCCAUCAAUCGAUGCCUCAACCGUGGCUCCGGCGACCGUCUCCACCAAUGCUCCGGCUCCCGAAGAACUCCAGGCAUCUUAA